GCUCCCUCACGGUGGGCCUGGUGCGUCAGUGCCAGACCAUCCACGGACGGGAGCGGACCUGCAUCCCGCCGCGGCUUCCCCCCGAGUGGGUGACCACGCUGUUCUUCAUCGUCAUGGGCAUCAUCUCCCUCACGGUCACCUGCGGCCUGCUGGUGAUGUCCCACUGGCACCGGGAGGCCACGCGCUAUGCCCGCUGGAUCGCCUUCACCGGGAUGGUUCUGUUCUGCAUGGCGGCGCUGAUCUUUCCCAUCGGGUUCUACAUCAGCGAGGUCGGAGGUCAGCCGUACAAGCUCCCCAACAACACCGUGGUGGGCUCCUCCUACGUGCUCUUUGUGCUCUCCAUAUUUUUUACCAUCGUGGGACUACUGUUCGCCGGCAAAGUCUGCCUGCCGGGCUGAAACCUCAGACCCCGUUUUGUCUGCGAACGGCCGAGGAGACAUUGCCGCGAAACAGAACUGGACCCUCGCGCGGUUUCAGUUGCGGAAGAGAGAACUUUGAAAAGCUCGAGGAUGCAACUUGGAAAAAUAGUUUUGCAGAUUUCUUUGUCGAUAUUUAUGUUGUAGGGACGUAGCUAGCCUCCAGGACGACGUAGUUGCGUGACUGCGUCGUACCAAAAUGUCCCGCCUUCCUCAGACUUGUGAGGUCACCAAAUGCAAACCGGGACCACCGGAGGAGGCGUCUUUCAUCCCAGUGUUCUCGUGUAUUCUUUGCUUGGCGGAGGCGUCAGAAUAUCAAGCUAAGACGCCAGCGGCAAGCAGCCAGGAAAGGUCAAAGGUCAUGUUUGACGAUGAAUGUUUUGCGGGAUAAGGAGCCGGUCUCUUAUGUUGUUGUUUUGUUAUAAAACAAUAAAAAUAACAGAUCACCCCUUAAACAGAAUGUUACAGUUUGUGUUGUUUGUUUCAGCAUUCUAUUUCAGCCGUCAUCUGUACAAACUAAAACAGACCAUUUGUUGUUAUGUUAUAUUUCUGGAAGCACUGUGAUACUCAUUAAUGAUUUUGAAAAUGUCAUUAAAAAUAACCCACGGAAACCGCCA